AUGUUGCAUAAGUUGGAACGCAAAGAGGGAUCUUCCUCCGAUGACUCCUCGGCACUCCUCUCUCCCCGGACCCAGUCAGCUGAGUCUUCCUUAAGCCCUGAUGACGCAAAUCCUCCGUUCUGGGCGCCUGGCGAUCGGCCCGGCCAGAAGGGCCUCCUGGACCGGAGACGGCGAAAAUCACGUCUUAUUAGAAGCAUUUGUCUGGACGCGAAGCAGCUACGGGACGUGCUCCGGUUCAUACUGCAUAAUGAUAGCCCCGAUGGCAUCAAGUGGACUCCCGACAUCCUCUUUGCCUACGUUCCCAGGACAUUUGAGGACGCUACUACUACAGAGACUAUCGCCGCUCAAGCCCUCUUUCAUGUCAUCGCCCCUUCCCUCGCGGCGAUAUUCAAGACCACUCAUAGCAGCGUCUUGUCUCUAAAUAAAUAUCCACAAUACGUCGUGUUUGAGUUCUUCUGGCAUGGUAGCCCGCCAGUCGUACCUCUGGAGUUGCGUGACUUGCCGAAUAUCAAGUUAACCCGCGAAGAACCAGAGAUGAUAUACCCGGACACUAUUAAGUCUGGAAGUAAGAUUAUUGUUCCAGAUCAACUUUCAUUAAAUCUUAAUAGCACAUUUUCUUUCGGAACUGUUGGCUAUGUCGCCGUGAUCGAAGAGCUUGGCGAGCGGCGGUUGGUCCUCGUCACAGCUGGUCACGUAGUCGAUGGUGCCCACUCAAUCCAGGUCGUUCCGGGGGUUCCCUUAUUCCGGAGAGGGGAACCCGUCAACGCCCCCCCAGCAUCACUCAAUGAGACAUGUCUCUUAAAGACCUACCAAUACCUCGUUCUGCUUUACGACGGGUGGGUGAGCAUGCUAGGAAAUAUGGUUGCUCUUCGACGACUUGUGAAUGAAGGCAAUGGUAUUCCAGUCUACAAAUGCGGUGCUUCAACAUCUUAUACCGCCGGGAUCUUAGGAGGAGACUCCGGAAGCCUUGUUUUUGCCAAAGAUAGCAGCUAUAUCAUAUUGGAAUACUUCCACUUUAGCUACGACUAG